UUCCGCUGCUGAGGUGGGGCGGUAGUGGCGAUGGCGGCUCUGACGGACGUGCAGCGGCUACAGGCCCGAGUAGAGGAGCUGGAGCGCUGGGUGUACGGGCCGAGCGGGGCGCGCGGCACGCGGAAGGUGGCUGAUGGUCUGGUCAAGGUGCAGGUGGCUUUGGGGAACAUUGCCAGUAAAAGGGAGAGGGUGAAGAUUCUGUACAAAAAGAUUGAAGACCUGAUCAAAUACCUGGAUCCUGAGUACAUUGACCGCAUUGCCAUACCUGAUGCCACUAAGUUGCAAUUCAUCUUAGCAGAGGAGCAGUUUAUACUCUCCCAAGUUGCACUCCUGGAGCAGGUGGACAACCUGGUACCCAUGUUGGACAGUGCUCCCAUCAAAGCCGUUCCUGAGCAUGCUGCCCGCCUACAGCACUUGGCCCAGAUCCACAUCCAGCAGCAGGACAAAUGUGUGGAGAUCACUGAGGAGUCCAAGGCUCUCCUGGAGGAAUACAACAAGAUUACAAUGCUUCUUUCUAAGCAGUUCGUGCAGUGGGAUGAGCUGCUUUGCCAACUAGAAGCUGCCAAGCAAGUGAAGCCAGCAGAAGAAUGACAGCUGCUCCCCAUCACAGGGCUAGCCAGGGCAGCCAGGCUUCAGGGCCCUGUGCCAAACUGUCUUUAUAACAAGGCAGAGGCAGCUUUGUAUUUGAGAAAUUUAAGGACCACCUGUCUGCACCCAGGUGGGGUUCUGAGGACAGAGAUUAGGUUAUCUGGCAGUUAUGGUUUGCACACCCCCCCCAUCAAUGUAUUUAUUCCAGUGAUAAUAAAUAAAUUGUAGAGAUUACUG